AUGAUGAACGCUCAGCCGUUGCGUGCUACAGAUACUGCUGCACUAUUGUUACAUGUAGCAGGUAUUCAUCACGAAAAAGGCGAGUACGACAAAGCACUAUCGGUGUAUCUUCAACCGCUAGAAAUAUCUGAAAAUUGCUACAGCGGCAAAGAACAUCCAGUGACAGGUACUAUCCUUAUGAAUGUUGGCGAUGUUUACAGCCUAAAACAAGAUUUUGAUCAAGCUUUAAAAUAUCAUCAACAAUUUCUUCAUAUUAAACGGAAAUUAUCUGCCAAGUGAUCACUUGAAUAUCGCAGACAGUUUUAAUAAUAUUGGCAUUGUUUAUAAUUCAAUGCAACAAUUUGAUUCUGCCCUUACUUACCAUCAAAAAUCCUUUGAAAUGAGGCAAAAACUACUACC